AUGAAUUUCUCUUUCCCUCUAUAUGCAACCCAGCAAAUUUCUCCCCCUGUCUGCCACCUGCCAAAUUUUUCUCCCUCUCUCACUCUGCCACCUGCUGAAUUUCUUUCUCUCGCUCUCUCGCCUGCCAAUUUUCUCUCUCUCUCUCUCAUUCUCUGCCACCCACCAAAUUUCUCUCCCUGCCAUCCACCAAAUUUCUCUCUCUCACUCCCUGCCAUCCACCAAAUUUCUCUCUCUCUCCCUGCUACCUGUCAAUUUUCUCUCUCUCACUCUCUGCCACCCACCAAAUUUCUCUCCCUGCCACCCACCAAAUUUCUCUCUCUCUCCCUGCUACCUGCCAAAUUUCUCUCUCUGCCAUCUGCAAAAUUUCUCUCUCUCUCUUUUUCAUUUUUUUGCUCUCUUUUUAAAUUUUUCUCUCUCUCUCUCUCUUUCUACCACCUGCCAAAUUUCUGUCCUUCUCUGUCACACACCAACUUUCUCUCUCUCCCCAUCUCUGCCAUACACCAAAUUUCUCUCUCUCACUCUCUCUGUCACUUGCCAAACUUUUGUCUCUCUCUCCAUCUCUGCCACCCAUCAAAUUUCUCUCUCUACCAACUGCCAAAUCUCUCUCUCUCUCUUUUGCUACCUCCCACCAAAUUUCUCUCUCUCUCUACCACCCACCAAAUUUUCCUCUCUCUCUGCCACCCACCAAAUUUCUCACUCUCUUUUUCUACCACCCACCAAAUUUCUCUAUUUCUAUACCACCCACCAUCUCUCUCUCUCUCUCUCUACUACCCACCAAAUCUUUCUCCCUUUCUGCCACCCACCAAAUUUCUCAUUCUCUCUCACUCUCUUUGUCACUUGAUGAAAUUCUCUAUCUCUGCCAACCCCCAAAUUUCUUUCUUUAUCACUCACUCUCUUUCUCUGCCACUUACCAAAUUUCUUUCCCUUUCUGCCACCCACCAAAUUUCUCUCUCUCUCUCUCUACCACAUUUAUCUCUCUCUGCCACCUACUGUAUUUCUCUUUUUAUUUCAUUAUUUCUCUGCUACACACCAAAUCUCACUCUCUCUCUCGGUGCUACCUGCCAAUUCUCUCUCUCUGCUACCAUAACCAAUUCUCUACCUCUCCAAUUCUGCCUCUCUCUCUCUCUCUCGGUGCUACCUGCCAAUUCUCUCUCUCUCUCUCGGUGCUACCUGCCAAUUCUCUCUCUCUCUCUCUCUAGGUGCUACCUGCCAAUUCUCUCUCUCUCUCUCAGUGCUACCUCUCUCAAUUCUCUCUCUCUCUCAGUGCUACCUGCCAAUUCUCUCUCUCUCUCUCAUUCUCUCUCUCUCUCGGUGCUACCUGCAAUUUCUCAAUCUCUCUCUCUCUCUCAGUGCUACCUGCCAAUUCUCUCUCUCUCUCUCGGUGCUACCUGCAAUUCUCUCUCUCUCUCUCUACCUGCCAAUUCUCUCUCUCUCUCGGUGCUACCUGCCAAUUCUCUCUCUCUCUCUAGGUGCUACCUGCCAAUUCUCUCUCUCUCUCUAGGUUUCUGCCAAUUCUCUCUCUCUCUCUCUAGGUGCUACCUACCCUCUCUCUCUCUCUCAGUGCUACCUGCCAAUUCUCUCUCUCUCUCUCUAGGUGCUACCUCAAUUCUCUCUCUCUCUCUCUCUCUCUCUCCUGGGUUUUCUCUCUCUCUCUCUAGGUGCUACCUGCCCAAUUCUCUCUCUCUCUCUAGAUGCUACCUGCAAUUCUCUCUCUCUCUCUCUCUUUCUGGGUGCUCUCUCUCUCUCUCUCUCUCUCUCUCUCUCUCUCUCUCUCUAGGUGCUACCUGCCAAUUCUCUCUCUCUCUCUCUCUCUCUAGGUGCUACCUGCUAAUUCUCUCUCUCUCUCUCUCUAGGUGCUACCUGCUAAUUCUCUCUCUCUCUCUCUCUCUAGGUGCUACCCACUACACCUCUCUCUCUCUCUCUCCUCUUUCUCUCUCUCUCUCUGCUACCUGCUAA